GACUGCUUCGCUAUUUUCUUCUCUCCUUAGUAGAAACUGAGCAUAUUGAGGAAUCAUCUAGAAAGAACUUAAUAGGCGUGCGUGUAGUACGCAUGUGCUCAUUUCAGCUAGCAGAACAAAAAAGCUGUUCGUGUACGGUGAAAGUUCUGUAGACUAGCACGCUUUUAACGGUUAUAGUACUGAGUAGUUAUAAAUCUUUUUAAUAUUCUAAGUCUGUGCAGUUACAGCAUUUCGGUGCUUCUGCUUUAAGAUGUAUCGAGAACGGUCGGAGAGGUCUGGAGAGCAGUUUCGGAAGUUAUUUAUUGGUGGCCUUAGUUUUGAAACAACAGAAAACAGCUUGCGGAAGUUCUAUGAGCAAUGGGGCAAGCUUACAGACUGCGUGGUUAUGAGAGAUCCUGCAACAAAGAGGUCAAGAGGAUUUGGUUUUGUGACAUUUUCAAACACCUCAGAAGUAGAUGCAGCAAUGUCAGCUAGACCACAUACAAUUGAUGGCAGAGUUGUGGAGCCAAAAAGGGCAGUAGCCAGAGAGGACUCUGGAAAGCCUGGUGCUCACAUUACUGUAAAGAAGCUUUUUGUUGGAAGAAUCAAACCAGGCACAGAAGAACAUCAUCUAAGAGAGUACUUUGAAAAGUAUGGCUCAAUUGACUCAAUAGAGAUUCCCACAGACAAACAGACUGGCAAAAAGAGAGGUUUUGGCUUUGUUACAUUUGAUGACCAUGACCCUGUGGACAAAAUAGUAUUGCAGAAAUUCCACACAAUCAAUGGGCAGAACACAGAAGUGAGAAAAGCUUUGUCACGAGAAGAGAUGAUGGAUAUAAAUGCGAAGAGUGCAAGAGGUCCUGGUGCAGAUCCUAGAGGAGGUGGAAACUUUGGCCCUGGAUCAGGGGGUAACUUUAGAGGUGGACCAGAUGGGUAUGGUGGCGGACCUGGCUAUGGUGGUGGUGGUGGUGGUGGUGCUGGCUACGGAGGAAGUCCUAGUGGCUAUGGAGGUGGAUCUGGUUAUGGAGGUGGCCCCAGGUAUUCUGAUGGUUAUGAUGGCUAUGGUGGAGGCCCAGGAGGGCCAGGAGCUGGUAGUCAAGGGGGACCAGGUUAUGGAGGUGGAAGAGGUGGCUAUGGUGGCGGUGGCCCUGGAUAUGGCAACCAAGGUGGCGGCUUUGGAGGUGGUGGUGGCGGCGGCGGCUAUGACAACUAUGGCGGAGGAAACUUUGGUGGUAGUAACUACAAUGACUUUGGCAACUAUAAUCAACAGUCUUCGCAGUAUGGGCCAAUGAAAGGUGGUAACUUCUAUGGUGGAGGUGGUGGCAGAAAUAUGGGUGGACCAUAUGGAGGUGCUGGUGGUAGUGGUGGUGGUGGCGGUGGUGGCUAUGGAGGGAGAAGCAGAUACUAAGAUCCAACAGCUGUGAUUUGGGCUUCACUGUAUAUAUAGGAGAGGAUGGGAGCCCAGAGAUAACAGCGUCAGGUUGUCGAAAUAAGCAAAUAUUAACGAGAUUCUUAUCUAAGUCAUGCAUUAAUAUACAGUGGUAUGACAGAAGACACCAGAGCAGAUAACAGAGCCAUUUUGUGAAUGGAUCCAGUAAUUUAAGUACAUUACCUUGCUGUGGAGGAAGGACUGUAAAUGCCUUUUUGGAGACAGUUUCUUAGGUUUUAAGUUUUUUAAUUGUUAAUUCUUUUAGUGGUCUUUGUAAAAAGUCUAGCAGCAUUCCUUUUUUUUGAUAUGUCAAACAUGUAAGUUUCAGGUGACCUUGAAAGCAUUUUUAAGAUUCUGAAGUUUCUAAAAGAUUACGGUGUUAAUAGAAAUUUUAUUUUGAAAUUGUCAGUGUGUAGUCCAGAAGCUGUUGUACAUUCAUGAUUUAAUAAAAUAUUGUUAAGUAAAGAAAA